AUGCCCGAGUCCGCUCCUCUGGCCAGCACUGCCAAUGGCUUGCAGUCGGCCAACGACAACAUCACCCGUUUCAGCCCUCCCAGCCGUGUGCUCUCCCCCCUCUCUCACACUCUCUUCCACAACAAGACACGAUGCUUCGUAUAUGGUAUGCAGCCCAAGGCCGUCCAGGGUAUGCUGGACUUUGACUUCAUCUGCAAGCGGAGCACCCCCUCCGUCGCCGGUAUCAUCUACACCUUUGGCGGCCAGUUCGUCAGCAAGAUGUACUGGGGUACCAGCGAAACCCUCCUCCCCGUUUACCAGGACGUCGCCAAGGCCAUCGCCAAACACCCCGACGUCGACACCGUCGUCAACUUUGCUUCUUCCCGUUCCGUCUACAGCUCCACCAUGGAAUUGAUGAACUGCCCCCAGAUCAAGUCCAUUGCCAUCAUCGCAGAGGGUGUUCCUGAGCGUCGUGCCCGUGAAAUCCUGGUCACCGCCAAGGAGAAGGGCAUCACCAUCAUUGGCCCCGCUACCGUCGGUGGUAUCAAGCCCGGUGCCUACAAGAUCGGUAACACUGGUGGUAUGAUGGACAACAUUGUUGCCUCCAAGCUCUACCGCAAGGGCUCCGUUGGCUACGUCUCCAAGUCUGGUGGUAUGUCCAACGAGUUGAACAACAUCGUCUCCCAGAACACCGACGGUGUCUACGAGGGUGUGGCCAUCGGUGGUGACCGUUACCCCGGUACCACUUUCAUUGACCACCUGCUCCGUUUCCAGAACGAGCCUGAGUGCAAGGUCCUCUUGCUGCUCGGUGAAGUCGGUGGUGUCGAGGAGUACCGUGUCAUCGAGGCCGUCAAGAAUGGUACCAUCACCAAGCCCAUUGUUGCUUGGGCUAUUGGUACCUGCGCCGGCAUGUUCAAGACCGAGGUCCAGUUCGGUCACGCUGGCGCCUCUGCCAACUCUGACCUGGAGACCGCCAUUGCCAAGAACAAGGCCAUGCGUGAAGCUGGCAUUCACGUUCCCGACACCUUCGAGGACAUGCCUGAGCUGUUGAGCAAGGUCUACAAGGAUUUGGUCGCCAGCGGCACCAUCAAGCCCCAGGCCGAGCCUGUCGUCCCCAAGAUCCCCAUUGACUACUCGUGGGCCCAGGAGCUGGGUCUCGUCCGCAAGCCCGCUGCCUUCAUCUCCACCAUCUCCGACGACCGUGGCCAGGAGCUGCUCUACGCCGGUAUGCCCAUCUCCGAUGUCUUCAAGGAGGACAUUGGUAUCGGUGGUGUCAUGUCGCUUCUGUGGUUCCGCCGCCGCCUCCCUGCCUACGCCGGCAAGUUCUUGGAGAUGGUUCUCAUGCUCACUGCCGACCACGGUCCCGCUGUCUCGGGUGCCAUGAACACCAUCAUUACCACCCGUGCCGGCAAGGACCUCAUCUCCGCCCUCGUCUCCGGUCUGCUGACCAUUGGCUCUCGUUUCGGUGGUGCCCUGGACGGUGCUGCGGAGGAGUUCACCAAGGCCUUUGACAAGGGCAUGAGCCCCCGUGACUUUGUCGACACCAUGAGAAAGGAGAACAAGCUCAUUCCCGGUAUCGGUCACCGUGUCAAGUCCCGCAACAACCCUGACCUCCGUGUUGAGCUGGUCAAGGAGUUCGUCAAGAAGAACUUCCCCAGCACUAAGCUGCUCGACUACGCGAUUGCUGUCGAGACUGUCACCACCUCCAAGAAGGACAACCUCAUCCUGAACGUUGACGGUUGCGUUGCUGUCUGCUUCGUCGACCUCAUGCGCAACUGCGGUGCCUUCUCUGGCGAGGAGGUUGAGGACUACAUGAAGAUGGGUGUCCUCAACGGUCUCUUCGUCCUGGGCCGCAGCAUCGGUCUGAUUGCCCACUACCUCGACCAGAAGCGUCUCCGCACUGGUCUGUACCGUCACCCCUGGGACGACAUCACCUAUUUGCUGCCCAGCUUGCAGAAGGGCGGUGCCGAGGGCCGUGUCGAGGUCAGCAUUUAA